AUGGUGUUCCGCUUUUUACUUUCGAUUCUUUCUUUAUUAAGCGUUGCCAAGUCGAAUGCAACACCAAACAACUCGACAGUGCGCAGGGCAGAUGCGGAUUCUAAAUGUCAUUCCUAUAAUACGAAUUAUAAUUACAACUACUACAACAGCCCUCUAAAUACAGGGUCGAACAAGAAAAUGGAAGCUCUGCUUCAUCGCGUUCUAAAUGAGUUAAGCGAGAUGAGAGAGGAAAUCAAGUUUUUCAAAGGCAACAAGACGAUCGGUACGUACAAAAUAUAUUAAUAGUAAUUGAAUUCCUUGCUGCUUGCUUAUAUCCUCUAGAAAACAAGAGAUUGAAAUAAUUUCUUAUUCUCCCAGUUUAGAAAAUUUAAUAAGCUGUUUAAUAGAACCAUGCAGCUGCCAAUCGAUGCAAAUACCGCUGGACAAAGGCAAAAUUCACAUCUAAUUUCAAAGCAUAAGAUAAUUUUUUUCCUUCGUGUCAGUUAUGUUAGAGGAAGAUUAACAUUUUUUUGAAGCUUUUAAAUCCGCAGUUGACAAUUCCGUUCGUGCUGAUUGUUUGAUUGUUGCGCAUCUGCGCACUUCACGAAUAAGAAGAGAACGACGUAAAAGCCUGUGGUUCUCAUGACUGAAAGAACAGUUGAUGGCUUGUCUUGUAAAAAACGAUACAAUUAAUAAUUUCAUCCUUAGCAGUUUACAAGACCUGUGCUGAACUCUACAAAGCUGGUAAACGGAACAGCGGUGUUCAUACAAUCAACCCCGACAACACUGGUGCCUUCGAUGUUUAUUGUGACCAAAAAACAGCCGGUGGGGGGUGGACAGUGUUCCAAAAGAGACUGGACGGCUCAGUUGAUUUCUACCGCGGCUGGGAUGACUAUAAACGAGGCUUUGGAAAUCUAAAUGGUGAGUUUUGGCUCGGACUGGACAAAAUUCAUCGCCUGACAAAAGAACGUAGCAGGCUUCAUGUGGAUCUUGAAGAGACGACUGGAAAAACAGCUUACGCUGAAUACGACUUUUUUGGUGUUGCAAGCGAGAGAAGCAAAUAUAAGCUGAGUCUUGGAACAUAUUCGGGUAAGUUUUUUUAAGGUGGAUCUUACAAGAAGCGUAGCACCGUAAUGAAAACAUAAAUUAGAAAAAACAAAAAUUACAACAACCGUUAAUCCAAGCAGCACCUUUUAAGGACACGGAUAGGAAAGUAAUUACUUGCCACACGAUAGGAAGAAAGCUUGCCUAGCCCCAGGCCUCAUUAUGCCGCGCGGCCAAAGCGUUUCUGGCCACGUGGUCCAAGGCAAAGAAAAAAUCGUCUUAUUCUGAAUACGAUUUUUUGUUGUUGCAAGUGAGAGAAGUAAAUACAGCGAUUAUUCUAUAUUUAUUUAUUAUUAAGUAGGUUUGUUAAAGGAGUUCCAUUUUUCAAUGGAAUGUAUACGAACGAGGUUCCUUUUCUGUCAUAAGAGUAUUUAAAAGGGUAAGGGAUUGAACCUCGGGGCGAAGCCUCCCCGUAGAAAACAUGAGGGAGGUUAAGCAAAAACGUUUUUUAGCGGCACACGUCAACCGGAAGUUAGGCCUUGUCUUUUUUGUAUGCCUUGACGUUACCAACUUUGUAUUGCAAAAGUGUAAGUUUCUUUACUCUUCUUAGAGGGACGACUUGCCAGAACAUUUGGGCAAAACCACUUAACAAGAACUAAAAAAAAAUCCACUUUGGGCUGACAUUUGCUACUUAAAAACGUUUUUGCUUUAGCUGAUCGUAAUGCUGAUCCUCACUGUUGGGUAGCCCUGUACACUCUUUUUUUUUUAUAAGAAUGUUGUUUUCCCGGGCCAGGCUGAAUAUUCUUAUUUUUCCGCCGAUUUUAGGCUUUAAAUAUUCUUGUAUUAUUCUUAAUAAUAGCUUAUGACAUUUCCGUUUUAGAAUAUAUUAAGGUAUAAAGUAUAGUUUUGUUAAAUAUAGUUAGCUAGUUUUGCCGUUUAAAGAAAGGAAUAAAUUGAAAACGUAUAUUUGUAUUGUAUUUGCAGAUUUUCACCACACGAAAUUAUAUCCUUUUAAAAAUCUCAGCCUGGAGUUUAUUCUUAAAGUAUUCUUAAGAUUUCGCAAAUUUUAGCCUCGAUAUUCUUAUAAAAUAUAUUCUUAUAGAAAAAAAAGAGUGUAGCCCGACCGCAGGGGCAUGUGAUUUUAACAAGACAUGUCAUCGUUUUUGUUUCAAUUCGCGCGCGUGACUUUCUGCGAAGAGACUUUAAUGGAAAUGGUCAUAAAAAACUAUCAGUGUUUUUGUCAAAGACAAAACGGCAGCAAUUUUCCAUUUUCUAUAUUCUUAUGGCCCAUAGAAAUGACGUCGACGACAAAAUGUGCAAAACUUUAUUUCCAUUGGAGUUUUGAACAUUCUCGUGUCCUUGCUGUGGUUGGAUAUAAGAGUACAGACCAACAGACUAUGGGCAAUUCUUGUCGACAUGUUAAUCAUGAAAAUACCUUCUCGAACUACCAUAGUUUGAAAUAAGCAUUCCGUAUAAUUUCUGGUUGUGUGUCGUUCUUAUUGUUAAUUGCCCUUGGCAAAUAACCCCUUGUAAACGUUACUUUCAGGAACUGAUGCAUAUUAAGCAGCAUACGAAACGUGACGUUUAUCAAAAAAUGCAUAAUCAGAGCUUGUUUUAUAUACUGCAGUUUGUGGUGAAGUUGUGGGGUAGCUGUUUACGAACAGUUGUAGCUAGAAAUGAAAUAAUCGAAGUGUCUCUGCUUGUAAUACUUCAUCAAUGGAAUAUUUUUUCUUUAGGUACGGCCGGUGACUCGCUUUCAUAUCAUCGUGGCAUGGCUUUUACCACCAAAGAUCGUGACAACGACCCUGACUCCAGCAAUUGUGCCACAAUGUACAAGGGAGCCUGGUGGUUUAAAAACUGCCUCUUUUCAGACUUGAAUGGUCUCUAUCUCCACGGGCAGCACUCUAACGCAUGGGAAGGCGUCAACUGGUAUCACUGGAAGGGCUCCAAAUACUCCGCUAAACGAGCUGAGCUGAAAAUCAAACCAGUUGAUACCUAG